AAACGGCAGUGACGUCACCCCUGCGGCACCGGACAGAGCUGAGUCCUUUCAGGAGAGAAGCCGACCCGACGUGACACAUCACGUCCAGAGCAGCACAAACGAACAGCUCCCGUCUGGACGCAGUGGUCCGGAACAAAGAUGGGAAACGUGCAGCCCACCAUAGUCCCGUAUGAGGACUUCGAUGUCACUGCUGAUAUCAAGGCCAUCAGACAGGCAUGUAAGGGUUUUGGCACCGAUGAAGAGGCCAUUAUUCAGAUCUUGGCCAAUCGCUCUGCGGCUCAGCGUGUGGAAAUCAAACAGGCGUACUUUGAGAAGUACGACGACGAGUUGGAGGAGGUCCUGAAGAAGGAGCUGACGGGUAGUUUUGAGAAGGCCACCAUGGCCAUGUUGGAGCCGCCUCACAUUUACUUUGCCAAGGAGCUGAGGAAGGCCAUGAAGGGGGCGGGGACGGACGAAGACGUGCUGGUGGAGAUCCUGUGCACAGCUACCAAUGAGGACAUCUUGAGCUACAAGGACACGUAUGCAAAGGUGCAUGAGCGUGACCUGGAGGCAGACAUUGAGGAUGACACCAGUGGAGACGUGAGGAACUUGCUGACGUCGCUGCUGCAGGCCAGCAGGGACGAGGGCUAUGAGGUGGAUGAGGGUUUAGCCGAGCAGGAUGCCACGUCUCUGAUUGAGGCAGGAGAAGGCAGAUUUGGCACCGAUGAGUCCACCUUCAACUUCAUCCUGACACGCAGAAACUACCUGCAGCUUCAGGCCACCUUCAAGAUCUACGAGUCGCUUUCAGGAACAGACAUUUUGGACACCAUUGACUCCGAAGCAACAGGAACUCUGAAGGACUGCUACAUAACGCUGGUCCGGUGCGCUAAGAACCCGCAGCUGUAUUUCGCCCGGCGCCUUAAUGCCGCCAUGAAGGGUCUGGGCACCGAUGAAGACACGCUCAUUCGGUUGAUCGUAGGCCGCUCUGAGAUCGACCUGGAGACGGUGAAGGACAUGUACCUGGAGAAGUACGACGUCACCCUUAAGGACGCCCUGGAUUCAGAGUGUGGUGGAGAUUUCAAGCGCCUCCUCAUCCAGAUCCUGCGCUAAAACUUCCUCCUGCAGGCCGCAUUUAACCAAUGUGACGCAGAAGUUCCUCUCAUCCUUCCUCCUCUUAUUUAUACUUUAUAUUACUCAUUCCCUUUCGUGGACGUCUUUCUGACGGUUCCCACUGCAGCACGGACCAAAAAAAACCCAAUUCAUUGUUAUAUCAUACAGCGUUUGACAAACGCAUUCAUAGUCGUUAACCAUUCAGCGGGAAUUGUCAUAUUUCUGUUCCAACAUACAAUGAAUGUGUGUGAAAUUCCCUUUAACAAUAUUAUGGCCGCGUUGUUAAAUGUGUGGAAGUUGUGCAGAUGAGCACUGUGUUUAUGUAUUUAUCCAAAUUAACCAAAGCUGCAAACAUUAAGAGGCUGCUGCUGCUCAACAUAGAUUAUGUGGCCGCUUAUCUUGGACACCUUGCUAAUUUCUCUGCCCAUGACCGACAAUUAACUACCAUUAUCCUCCAAUAUGCCUUUGAUAAGAUGAACGCAAUGCAAGUUUACUUUAUGCCUCAACACUUAAGUGCCGAAUUAUGUUUGAUCUUAUAUCUCUAUACUAAAUAUAUUACCACCUGCAUAUCAAAAGCUUACUCUUUUUAAGUACUUGGGAUUUUGUAAAUGUCCCUAAAUGUUGUGUGGGAUUUUUAACUGUUUGUAAUGUUAUUAGUCACAGCUAACACGCUGUCUCUCGUAUCUACACACUUUAUCACAGUUGCCUUUUUCCUAAUAGUUGUAGUCCUACAUAUGAGUGUGCAAUCAGCAUUGUAAGCUGAUAAUUCUAUUAUAGAAUGGAUUUCCUCGUAGCACGACCGCUGAUACCGUGUAUGUAAUUAGAGCAUCAUUGCUUUUAUUUAAACCUCAGAUUACAGAAGUGUAUAAGACUAAUAUAUACAAUUGUGUUGUCAUUCUGAAAGAAGUAACUGUCAACCUUAUCUAAUGUUAAAAAUGUGAAGUCAUAAUAAAUAUUAAUUCCACAAAAA